AUGCCUGUCGAAGAGACCUUUGCCAAGUUGUGUUUAUCUGGAGCACCACCAUCUGACUCCCAUGCUGUCAAAUCAUUAGUCUUCAAGCCAAAGACCGCCAAGACAGCUACUCCAAUCCCAAUCGUUGUCGUUGCAUUACAGUCCACCACCACUCCAUCUCCAUUGAUCGCUCAAGUAACCUCUUUGAAAGACCCAAGAUUAGCUCGUGAUGAAUUGUUCAAGACCUUCUUCAACUGUAACUCUGCCAAGGAAUUCACUUUAGCUUACUUACCAAAUGCUACCUCUGAAUUCAAACUAUUAAUGGAUUCCAACUUAGCUCAACUAGAUGGAUCCUCCGACUUACAACUAAACGAUACUUUAUUCAUUAAGAAAUCUGAAUUAUGUAAAUACUUAACCCCAUUUGAAUCAUCAAGACAAGUAGUUGAUUUUUCUCAAGAAGUCAAGAAGGAAGAACCAAAGAAGAAAGCUCCAAAGGAUAAGAAAUCUGCAACAACUACCCCAUCUCAAAGUGCAUUAGAUGAUGCUAAAUUGAUUGGUAUCACAGUGGAUAAGAGUAAAGAUUUCCCAGGUUGGUAUUCUCAAGUUUUAACCAAGGGUGAAAUGAUGGAUUACUAUGAUGUUUCCGGUUGUUAUAUCUUGAGACCUCCAUCUUAUGCCAUUUGGGAAAACAUUCAAAGAUGGUUCGAUGAAAGAAUUAAAGGAUUAGGCGUUCAAAAUGCUUAUUUCCCAAUGUUUGUUUCUUCUCGUGUCUUGGAAAAGGAAAAGGAUCAUGUUGAAGGGUUUGCUCCAGAAGUCGCUUGGGUUACUAAAGCUGGUUCUUCAGAUUUGGAAGAACCAAUUGCUAUUAGACCUACUUCUGAAACUGUAAUGUAUCCAUAUUAUUCUAAAUGGAUUCAAUCUCAUAGAGAUUUACCAUUGAAAUUGAACCAAUGGAAUUCUGUCGUUAGAUGGGAAUUUAAACAUCCUCAACCUUUCCUAAGAACAAGAGAAUUUUUAUGGCAAGAAGGUCACACAGCUUUCUUAACCUCUGAAGAAGCUCAAGAAGAAGUUUUACAAAUCUUAGACUACUAUGCUGGUGUUUAUGAAGAAUUAUUGGCUGUCCCAGUUAUUAAGGGUAAGAAGACUGAAAAGGAAAAAUUCGCAGGUGGUGAUUUCACUACUACUGUGGAAGGUUAUAUCCCACAAACUGGUCGUGGUAUUCAAGGUGCUACAUCUCAUCAUUUGGGGCAAAACUUCUCCAAAAUGUUCAAUUUGUCUGUUGAAAAUCCAAAGGGUAAAGAUGAACCAAGAGUUUUCGCAUACCAAAAUUCUUGGGGUCUAUCCACACGUGUCAUUGGUGUCAUGGUUAUGGUACAUUCUGAUAACAAGGGUCUAGUUAUUCCUCCAAGAGUUUCUCAAUUCCAAGCUGUUGUUAUCCCAGUGGGUAUUACUAAGAAGACCAAUGACGAACAACGUCAACAUAUUCACGAUAGUGCUAAGGAUGUUGAAUCUCGUUUGAAGAAGGCUGGUAUAAGAGCCUUUGGUGACUAUAACGAUAAUUAUACUCCGGGUUGGAAAUUCUCUCAAUAUGAAUUGAAGGGUAUUCCAAUUCGUAUUGAAUUAGGUCCAAAGGAUAUUGAACAAGGUCACGUUACUGUUGUUCGUAGAAAUGAUUCUCGUAAAUACACUGUUAAACUUGAAGAAUUGGAAGAUCGUAUUCCAGAAAUUUUGGAUGAAUUCCAUGAUGCUUUAUUUAACAAAGCUAAAGAAUUAUUCGAUACCCAUAGAGUCAUUGUUAAUGAAUGGGAAGGUUUCGUUCCAGCUUUAAAUAAGAAGAAUGUUAUCCUUGCUCCAUGGUGUGGGGUUAUGGAGUGUGAAGAAGAUAUUAAGGAUUCUUCUGCUAAGAAGGAUGAUGGUGAAGAACUUGAACAAGAUGAUAAGUCACCAAGUAUGGGUGCUAAGUCUUUAUGUAUUCCAUUUGAUCAACCUGACUUAAAGACCGGUCAAAAGUGUGUCAAGUGUGACCGUGAUGCUAUUAACUACUGUAUGUUUGGUCGUUCAUACUAG